AUGGGUAACUUCUCAUUCAACAACCCUUAUAACGUCCCCGACGUCGAUGUCACCGAACAGAUCUACCUCAACCCUACCCUCGAAGGAUACUACGGCGCCGUGUGCAGUGGCUUUGUCGUCUACACCUUGAACCGCGACGUACCCUACCAAGGCCUAUACGCAGAGCUCAAGAUUGGCAAGGAUGAACGAACACUCCAGCUCAUGCAAUAUGGUCCGCAGUCGAGUCCCACCUCAAAGGGUGCACGGUUCUUCUUCCCCUUCACCUACUACUUGUGGGCCGAGUUCGUCCUAUUCACGGGCUUCCAACCCUCUGGAUGGGGAAGGACUGUCAACCUACCUUACUGUGGUCUUCCAGGUCCACAGACAUUGUUUGGCCCCAGUCACCUCACGAUCACACCCGUCAAGAUACCCUUUGAACAAGGCUUCACGAUUGUCGACGUGAACUAUGAUCAACAAUUGGCAAACUUUGACUUCUCACAAGGUUAUCCAACUGAUGAUGUUGGAGAUAGUGGCUUUAUACCCAGGGCAAUGGUACAGACUAACAACAACAACUUGACAUCAUCGUCAGCGCCUAUCAUCCCGCGCAGUACACUGACAGCCUCACAUUGGCAUCCCCACAAUCACCCCCUGCCCUCGGAGGACAAUGAUUAUGGUCUGGCGCACUAUGUCUACUCGGCGACAUUCCUCAACAACUUCCAAGACAAGGUGUCGGACAUCCAGGUCUAUUUAUACUUCCACGGCCGACAGAUACAAUGCGCGACGUUCAAGGAGAACUUCACGAGGAGUGCAGAGUUCAGUGGAGGAUUCUCAUACAAGUAUCAAUGCGCCAUCGAGCCACCUGGAUGCGCGUUCAGCGUGUACAUCACGACAAAGUCAGAGGGCACAUACUACUCCAACUUCACAUUGCUCAGUGCUACGACAUUGCCAGCGCCGUUCCAAAAUAUCGAACAAGGUGUCACACAGGUCGAUGGUAAAGUGAUAACGGCAGUAUCAAGAAUUGGCAACAUGUCAAUAGGUGAUCAAUAUCAAACUGGAUAUCUAGAAGUCUAUCCUCGUGGAAUCACUUCAACCUUCAAUCAAGAGUAUAACUAUCCAGUCUACUUCCGUGGUAACCUCAAGGAUGGAUCAUACUACCUACCCUACACAUUCCCAACCGACAUGCCCUCCUGUCAAUACCAACUAAACUACGAGCACGACCGUAUCUUUACCAACCAACGUGAUCUCAAAAUUAUUGAUCUCACUCCACCAUUGGUCCAUUUGACAUUGUUGUACCCAUCUGAGUUCAAUCCAUCAUAUAGGGUACAGGUGGAUGUUAGUGAUGCGAUUGGUAUCGGUGAGAAGACAUGCUCUUUGAUUGUUGGAGAAGAUGAUGAUUACAAUUUUAAAGGGGAUGUAUAUCCACUCAACUCUGGCUCACGUAUCGCUGAUAUACGUGGCAACAUGUUCAAGGCCAACUCCAAUGACUAUUGCAUCAACAAGACAUGUAAUGAGUUAACCAAUGUGUUCUCGGGUUUGCCAUCAUGUGACGUCUCCACAGUGAAACCAGUGUAUCUCACACAACUGAGAUACCUUGGAUAUUCAUAUGGCAAUGGAUCAACAAUCAUGUUCAAUGCAGUGCUGGGAGGUACAAACAAGUUCAACACGGCCACACUAUGCUUGUAUGAGGACUUUGACAACAAGAUCUUGAGCAACCUUUCAUGUACAUUGCUGACCAUGAACAAGGCUAUCGAUGGAUCUUCUCUUGGAAGUUACAUUUUAUCAGGUGCGAUCACGGUGUAUCCACACGCCAUCACCAAGACCUACUACUUUGGCCUCAACUAUAGCAUUGACGCGGCCCAGCCCACCAUCACACUCUCAUCACGAGACAUCUCCUACUUUGCCAUACAACGAUCACAACAAUAUCCAAACAAUCUCAUCACAAUCAGGAACUCAGACUUCCAACCAUUGCCAAAUGAUUUGAAGUUAAUCAUUGUGGAGAACCCUACAUUGGAUAUCACUAUUCAGUUGUCAAAGCAGAAGAUUACUAUGCUUGGCGCUGGACCUUUGGGAAUGCUCAAGAAUGUUACCGUCGUUGUCCAUGAUAACUUCAAACCCGGUACACUCACCAAUGUUACUUGGACCAAUGAUCCAUCGGCUCCAUCAUUCCUACCACUCAACAUUACAACUGUCAAGACUUGGGGAAGGAGGAUGUUGGCCUACAUCUCCCAAGUGUGCGACUACCACGAGAACUGUGAGCAAUAUCCAAUGUUUGGUUAUUACUCUCAAGUUGACUUGGUCAAAUCAUUCCAACCAGAUACGAUCGUUAGCAACCCUUUGAGUGGCACAUCGAUCAAGUUUGGUACAGCCAACAUUGACGCGGCCCGUGUGACCAAGACCCCAUUCAACAUCACAUUCACAUCGACCAAUCCACUCAACUGUAGCACGUUGGACCCUAUCCUCAUUCUCACAGAGAUGGGCUCACAAGACUAUCUCACAUUCCACACCGAUCACUGCUCCAACCAGGGUGGAUCAGCUGGAAACGGAUAUGUAUUCACAGGUACCAUGUCAACACCAUUUGGUUGGGGACUCAGGGGUGUCACGUCAUCCGUCUGGAACAUAGUCGAUCGUUAUGGACAUAGUACAGGAUUCCAUUCAGCUGAUCCAGCACCUAUGUUUGAAUUGAAUGAACCAUUCCACAUCGAUCAAUCAAUAUUGGAUUAUUAUCACAAGACGAUCAAUAUCACUGGUAGUGGAUUAUAUGUUGAUUACAAUCUCAAUGGUCAAUCAAUCAAACCAACAAUGAAGGAUACCAACACCGCCAUCAUCCCCUUUGGCUCCUUCAUUCCAUUCCUUGAAAAGAACAACUACAUCACCAUUGGAGGUAUACAAGUCCUCUUGGACUUCUAUUAUUGCCACUCAUUGAAUUGCAGUGGACAUGGAAAGUGUGUGGAGAACAAGUGCCAGUGUGAUAAGUUGUGGCAAGGUGAGGAUUGUUCGAUCAACAAGAACUACUUCUGUCCAAACAAUUGCAGUGGCAAUGGUGAUUGUGUUGAUCAGAACUGUAUGUGUUUGACAGGUUUUGCAGGUCCAACUUGUAACCUCACUCUGGAUCAAGUCAAGGUGGACAUGAACUACAAAGAGGAUAUGUCCACUGCCAUUCUUGGCGUGUCCAACGGAGCCAACCUCACCAAGGAUACUCUGUCCGUGUCAUACCACAUAUCCAUUGUGUCAAUUCUAGAGAUGAGCUACACAGACACGGUGGUCAACAACAUCACACUCAACUGGAAGUUGGCAUCUAGCUCUGCUAACUCGACCAAGUACACGAUCUCAAACAUGGAUGGUAUCCAAGAUGCAUCAAACACAAUAACAUUGACAAUUGACAAGUUCAUGGAUGGUGGCCAGACCACCUGGGCCAACAAGACGUUCAACUUCCAGCCAAACACGGUCAAGUACACGGUGAGCUUCGAUGGAUACAACUUCACCAGUCAGCUCAACUACAUCCAGAUCAUAUUCGAGACAGUGUCCAUGGGUGAUUGUGCCCAACAACAGAAUGAGAACAUCACCUGGGGUGCAGCAUCACUUCAAGACAUGCAUUACUUUGUCAUCCCACAACAUCAAAUUCAGUGUUAUGGCAGGUUCCCAACAUCUGUCAUCUCAGAUGGUCGUAUAUUGGCAUUGUCCAACAAGAUCAUCUCUUCCAAGGAGCCCGUGCAGAUCGCCACCACAGUUCCAUUCUUUAAGAAGUCGGCAAUGAUCGAUCCAGACUUCUCAGUCCUCGUAUCAUAUAGUCAAACUAAUGGCAAUGAUGGUCAAUGCCAAGUCAAGGUCGAUGGUAUGAAGCCAUAUGUCAUCCCACUGAUCGUAGUAGGAUGUGUAAUAUUCGUAGCAAUCAUUGGUGUAGUAUUAUACAUGUCAUUGAAGAGGAACAUAUAUAUUAGACACAGGAUACAUCAAUUCAAGUCGCGAAACAAUCUCAGCUCCUCUUCUUCGAACAAACUUGAUAAGAUGUAG